AUGACGUCGACUUCAUCAACAAACAAACGAAAACUUAAUCACCAAACACCUGAGUUUAAUUCAAUGUCAAAUGAUGAAUUUCAAAUCCCAGAACCCUUCGAUAAUCAAACACCAAUUGAAAUAGCACCAAAUUCAAAUAUUAAUUUCCAACCUUCAAACCACUCUGAUUUAAUUUCAAAUAACCUAAUUAAUGACAAUAUUAAUUUACAGAAAAACUCCAGACGGUUUCGAGAAAAACAAUCCAUGAAAGAUUACCCAUUUCCACAUUACAAGUUCGUUCAUCCAGACAUAUUCAUACAUGAAUCAAUUGAAAUCUAUUCAAAAAAUAUCAAUCAAAUUCAUCAACGAAAUAUCGACCACCAUUUGAAAAAUAUAUCAUUAUUAACUGAGUUACAUGAAUUAACAUUAAAAAAUAGCAUCAGCACAGAUACUCAUGAUAUCAUUGAUAUGAAUUGCAUAGGAAAAAAUUUAAAUGUUGUUAAUAAUGAAGCUGACACUAUUGAAUCUGAUACAAGAAUUAUUAAAAUUGAACCAACUGAUGAACCUUACAAAUUUGGUGAUUUAGCAAAUGUAAAUAUUAAUACAAUAGAUCCACAAUUGAUGAAAAUAAAAACAACUGAUGGUAUACAACUGGCUAAUGAAGUGAUAGAAAUCAAUGCUCCAGGUAAUGAUGCUAUUCUUUCGUCUGAUAAUGAAAAUGAUGACGUUGUUAUUUUAGAUGUCAAUAAUUUAAAUAAUGUUGAUGAUAAAGAUGUAAUUGCAGCAGCUGUAGAUAACAAUGAUAAAGGUACUCAUUCAUUAGCAGCUAUUAUAUUGGACUUGAAAAUAUUAAAUAACGUUAAAAUUUUAAAAAAAAUGGGAUUAGCCAGUGAAUUAUCAACAGUAGAAGCUCAACGUCGAGUUGCUGACGUUACUCUCCAAAUUGGAUCAAUUGAAUUAACUAUUAUUGUUUGGUAUUUACCGACUCAUAAUUAUCCACAACAGUUAAACAUAAUUGAACAAGUGUUGAAUUUGAUGACACCAGAUAAAUUAUAUUUUUUAGCUGGUGAUUUUAAUAAUGGUUACGAUUUGAAAGGUACUGUAAAACAACAAGAAGAACGAAUCCAUCAAUUACUUAAUUCAAAAUUAAACGAUUUGGGGAUGAUUGAUUUUGCACUGACAUUUAUCGAUACCAAAUAUUUCACAAAUUGGAACGCAUCUAAUAAUAGAUGUAUUGAUUUCAUUAAAGUAAGUAAAUCAUUACUACAAUAUUUGGGAAUGUGGGAAUUGUAUUUUGACUUUGAUGGAACACAUGCAGGGAUUACAACCCAAUUUUGUAUGACUCCACUUGAUACAUUUGAAAAAUUAGUUGAUAUAAAUGCUAAACAAAAUAAAAUACUUGAAAAUUUUUAUUCUAAAGCCCAAAUUUCAAAUGAUCAAAGGUAUACAUAUGAUGAUGUAAAAGAAAUGCAUGCAGGUAUGAUUGAGUUAAUUGAUGAAAAUUCAAAAAAUGUUAAAAUUAAAUUGGAGCAAGACCAAGAAGUAAAUUUAGAUCCUGAAAUUCAACAAAUUUUAAAAAAAUAUGGUUUAGGACAAAAUGAAUUCAAUAUUGGUUCUGACGAGGAUGAAAGUGAACAUGAAAGUUUUAUAAAUGAUGAAAAUUUACUACCAAUGGUUAGCAACUCAAAAACUAAUUUAAAUUAUAGUGAUGUUGAGUCUAACUUUUUAAAACCUUCGCUGUUGAAAUUAAUUGAUGAAAAUUCAAAAAUUGAUAAAGUUAAAUUGAUUCAAGACCAAGCAGUAAAUUUAGAUCCUGAAAUUCAACAAAAUUUAAAAAAACCUGGUUUACAACAAAAUGAAUUCAAUACUGGUUCUAAUGAGGAUAAAAGUGAACAUGAAACUAUUACAAAUGAUGAAAAUAUUCAACCAAUGGUUAGCAAUUCAAAAACUAAUUUAAAUAAUAGUCAUGUUGAAUCUAAAAUAUUUGAAGUUCGGCAAUUGAAGUUAAAUUUGCUGGUGUUUCAAAUGUCUCAGUUGGCUUACUUGGGAUACAACAUAGAUGAUGAGGACACCAAGGUGGAAAUAACGUUAAUAAGACCCAGUAAUAGCAACUCACAUAUCUGGAAAUACAUGGGCAUAAUAGAACAAAUGGAUUUUUCAGUAUUAUGUACAUGUUGUUUUAAAAUUUUUGAAUGGAAAUAUGAUGAUGAAAGUUACUGGUCUUUGAUGAAUCAUUUAAAUUUCCACAAUGAACUUGAUAUCCCACAUUUUGACUCAAUUUCAAAUCCAACAAUGAAAUCAGAAAAUUAUUUACAUUAUAUUUAUGUUGAAUGUAAAGCAUUUAGAAUUUGGGAGUUGAAAUACCAUUUGCUGAUACCUAACUUAAAUCAGUUAGCAGAAUUGGGAAAUGACACACAAAAUGAUAAUACCCCAGUGUUAUUGACUUUAAAAAGACCAAAUAUUAGCAGCCCAUAUAUCUGGAGAUUUGUGGGUAUAAUCCAAGAAUUAGAUGGUUUAGUUUUGUGCACUUGUUGUUCUAAAUUUUUCAAAUGGAAUAAUGAUGAUGAUGAAAGUUAUGGGGCUUUAGUGAAUCAUUUGAAGUUUCAUGGUGAACUUAAUACUUCACGAUUUGAACCAUUUUCAAACUCGACCACAAAUUUAAAUUAUAGUUAUAUUGAGUCUAAAAUAUUUGAAGUUCAGCAAUUGAAUUUAAAUUUGCUGGUACGUCACAUGAUUCAGUUGGCACAAUUGGGAUACAACAUAUACAAUGAAAACACAAAGGUGGAAUUAAGUUUGAAAAGACCCAAUACAAGAAGAACAUCCAUUUGGAGAUAUGUGGGUAUAAUCCAAGAAUUAGGUUGUUUAGCUUUAUGCACAUGCUGUUUCAAAUUUUUCGAAUGGAAUAAUGAUGAUGAAAGUUACUGGUCUUUGAUAAAUCAUUUAAAUUUUCAUGAUGGACUUAAUACUUCACAAUUUGAACCAUUUUCAUAUUCAACAAUGAGAUCAAGGAUCUGUUUAGAUGAUAAUUAUGUUGAAUCUAGCACAUUUAAAAUUUGGGGGUUGAGAAACUAUUUGCUGAUAACUAACAUGUUGAAAUUGGCAGAAUUGGGAUACGACACACAAAAUGAUGAAAGUAAAGUUGUGUUGACAUUAAAAAGACCCAAUACUAGCAGCAAAUAUAUUUGGAGAUACGUGGGUGUCAUUAAAGAACUAGAUGGUUUAGCUUUAUGUACAAGUUGUCUGAAAUUUUUCAAAUGGAACAAUGAUGAUGAAAGUUAUGGGGCUAUAAUUAAUCAUUUAAAUUUUCACAAGAAACUUAAUACCUCACAAUUUGAACCAUUUUCAAACCCAACCAUGGAAUCAAAGAAUUUGAAUUAUCAUUAUGUUGAGGCUAGAAUAUUUGAGGUUCGUCAGUUGAAGUUGUAUUUGCUGCAUCUCGAUUUCAUGCAAUUGAUAAGAUUGGGAUAUGACACAGAUGAUGAUCAAACUAAAGUUGAAUUGACGUUGAAAAGACCAAAUACUAGCAGCAAGUAUAUUUGGAGAUACAUCGGGGUAAUUGAGCAAUUCAAUUCUUUAAUUUUAUGUACAUGCUGUAAUAAGAUAAUCCGUUGGAAUGUUGAUAGUGGAAGUGAAGAUACCUUGGAAAAUCAUUUGAAAUUGCAUAAAGAUCUUGAUACCUCAAUGUUUAAAAACCCAAAUAAAUUAUCAAUUACCAGCAGAUCAAAUCAAACUCUGGGUUCAUAG